AAUUUGAAACUGGAGCAUGAGCAGGAGAAAAACAAGAUCUUGUCAGAAGCAUUAGAGACACUAGCUACUGAACACCAUGAACUAGAGCAGUCUCUGGUGAAGGGAUCUCCACCCCUCAGCAUCCUCAGUGAAGAGCAGUUCUAUGAUGCUGUUUCAGAUUCAGAAUCUGAAAAAUCCUUAAGUGGGUUUGAAACAACAGCCUACUCCUUAGAGGACAGCAUGGACUCCAAAGAGACAAUAACUUCAAGCAUGUCUGAAGAGAAGGUCUGUGGCAGCGGGGAGCUGCUGGCGAACGGGAUCAAAAAACACAGAACGAGCUUGCCAUCACCCAUGUUUUCCAGGAAUGACUUCAGCAUCUGGAGUAUCUUAAGAAAAUGCAUAGGAAUGGAGCUGUCGAAGAUCACCAUGCCAGUGAUAUUCAACGAGCCCCUGAGCUUCCUGCAGCGGCUCACCGAGUACAUGGAGCACACCUACCUCAUCCACAGGGCCAGCUCCCUGCCCAGCCCCGCCGAGCGCAUGCAGUGUGUUGCAGCCUUUGCUGUGUCUGCCGUGGCCUCGCAGUGGGAGAGAACAGGGAAACCCUUCAACCCCUUGCUUGGAGAGACCUAUGAACUGAUCAGAGAUGAUCUUGGAUUUAGACUUCUCUCCGAGCAAGUCAGCCACCACCCACCCAUCAGUGCUUUCUAUGCUGAAGGUUUAAAUAAUGACUUUGUGUUUCAUGGAUCAAUUUAUCCUAAACUCAAAUUCUGGGGCAAGAGCGUGGAAGCAGAGCCAAAAGGCACGAUGACCUUGGAGCUGCUUGAGCACAACGAAGCCUACACGUGGACAAACCCUACCUGCUGUGUGCAUAACAUCAUUGUGGGCAAACUCUGGAUUGAGCAGUAUGGAAACGUGGAAAUAACUAACCACAAAACUGGGGAGAAAUGUGUGCUCAGCUUCAAGCCCUGCGGCCUCUUUGGGAAGGAGUUGCACAAAGUGGAAGGCUACAUUCAGGACAAAAGCAAAAAGAAGCUCUGUGCACUGUAUGGGAAGUGGACUGAGUGUUUGUACAGCAUUGACCCAGCUACAUUUGAAGCCUACAAAAAAAAUGACAAGAAGAAUGCAGAAGAGAAGAAAAGCAGUAAACAGGUGGGCAACACUGAGGACUCGGAUGAGAUGCCACUGCCAGAUUCUGAGAGUGUCUCUGUUAUCCCUGGAAGUGUUUUGCUGUGGAAGAUCACACCAAGACCUCCAAAUUCAGCACAGAUGUAUAAUUUUACCAGCUUUGCCAUGGCUUUGAAUGAGCUGGACAAAGAAAUGGAGAGUGUCAUUCCCAAAACCGACUGCCGGCUACGGCCAGACAUCAGAGCCAUGGAGAAUGGAGAAAUAGAUCUAGCUAGUGAAGAAAAGAAGAGGCUAGAGGAAAAACAACGGACCGCCCGCAAGAAUCGCUCCAAGUCUGAGGAGGACUGGAAGACAAGAUGGUUCCACCAAGGCCCCAAUCCCUACACUGGCACACAGGACUGGCUUUACUCUGGCAGCUACUGGGACAGAAACUACUUUAACUUGCCUGAUAUUUAUUAAAAUGCAAUAAGGAGCCUGUGACUGA